ACCGGGCCGCCGCCUGCGUCUCAUGGCGGAUCCGUGGGCGUCGCUCGGGGGUGUCACAUGCGUCUAAACACACACGCACCAUCGCGCGCGCGCGCCCAGAACCCGCAGCCCUCGGCGCGUGGUGCAGAGCGCGGUGGGAGGGGAGGGGAGGGGGGUCUGGGGGCGUUGCGUUCGCGCUCGAGAACAGCAGGCGGUGCGGUGAUGCGCUCCUUUCAGCACCACGGACAGCGGAGGUAAACCGCGGCUCAGGUCUGAGAAGCAUCUGAAGGGCGACACGCAGAGCGCCGGAGCGGCAGGAACGCGUUGACAGACGGAAGGGUGGCUGCGCACACACUCCUCUUCGGCUGCGAGAAGACCUGAGGAGCAGAGAGCACCAUGGAUUUCGUGAUGAAGCAGGCUUUGGGUGGGGCCACCAAAGACAUGGGGAAGAUGCUGGGAGGCGAGGAGGAGAAGGAUCCCGAUGCCCAAAAAAAAGAGGAGGAGCGGCAGGAGGCACUUAGGCAGCAGGAGGAGGAGCGCAAGGCAAAGCACGCCCGCAUGGAGGCAGAGCGGGAGAGGGUCCGGCAGACCAUCCGGGACAAGUACGGCCUGAAGAAGAAGGAGGAGAAGGAGGCGGAGGAGAAGGCAGCCAUGGAGCAGCCCUGCGAGGGCUCGCUGACGCGCCCCAAGAAGGCCAUCCCUACCGGCUGCGGCGAUGAUGACGAAGAUGACGAGGAGAGCAUCCUGGACACCGUGCUCAAGUUCCUGCCCGGCCCUCUGCAGGACAUGUUCAAGAAGUAACGGGUGUGAGGAGCAGUCCGGGAGUCUGGGACUGGGGCUCAGGGGCAUCGGGGCACUUGGGUGGGGCAGCAAAGGGGUGUCGGGUUUGGGAAGACUCCACGGCCACGAAAGGCCUCCUCUUCUCCUUAUUUUAUACUGCCAGAGAAAAACACACACGCACACACACACACACACACACACACACACACACACACACACACACACACACGCACACACGCACACACACACACUUCACACAGAACACAAUGAAAACCACAUUGCAUUUGGUUGCUUCAUAGCUGGUUGAGAUAAUACGUGUCCUUUUCUACUUCUCUGUGUUACUUUUUCUUCUGAUAAACCUGGGAUCUCAGGAUCCACAUGCUGAAGCGCGCAGGCAUGUUGAGGGUGAUUCGCGGAAACCAAGCUCUGCUGAGCGGCGGCAGACAUCGAGGUCAGGAGAACACCACGUCAGCGUGAGCGCCGCCGGCGCUAUCGACUACUUCGGUACUCAGUCAGUGAGCUGCGGUUCUCAGCAGAGACUUCCUGAUAGGUCUGCAGAGCUGGAUUCCUUUUACCGUAAAGAAAAAAAGAGCAGUUUGAUGUGGACCGUUCCUUCAGGUACCUUCUUCCCAAGGAACCUUUGCUGGAAGGAUGGAUGCUGUCAGAUCGGUUCAAUGACCUCGCAGUCAGCUGAACGGCAACGGGUUUUUAUUUACCUGCAGCUCCAGUUGCUGCUGCAUAAGUGUUGUGUGUAGAAGACUGGAGAAAAACGGUAGCUUUGUGCAAACUGGGGAAAAACAUGGCAGGACUGGAUUUGGAGGGAAACUCUCUUGGGCUCCAGAGUUCGUUGGCUUUAUAUGACAGCUGUAAGUCCUUUCAUUUUCUCACGGGUGUUAUUUGUUUGCAUCAUUGAGGCUGCUGUUGGCGGCGAAUCGGAGAUGACGUUCUUCUCCGUCACCUUCGUCAUCAGUGCCAUUCCGCACAGCCAGUGCUUUAAAAAAAAAAAAAAAGCUUGCUAGAUGGCAGAAUUAUUUUCAUUUGCCUUCAGCUUCAUGUGCUACAACAGGAUUAUUCUUUGUUGAAGAUCCUUUUCGUUGCCUUUUAACACCAAAGCGAGUGCUAAAUUAAUCGCGGAGAGGCAAAAAUCCGCAAAAUUUCCAUCAUUAGCAAACCGCUAGCUUAUCGUCGUACACUUUGCGUAAAACCGAUACAUUCCAAGCAGGAAGCGCCGCAACACGAAACACAAAGUUCGGCGACUUGACUUCUAGAGUGUCAAAGAGUCACUCGGGUACCAAAAUUAGUAGGUUUAAAAAUUGCGAUUGCAAUAUUUGAGUAAUACAGUUGCGAAGGCCAUUUCGAACAUAGCGGUACCUGCUGCACAUUGGGAGGGACAUGAGCACGAGAGGGAUCUCCUGCGUACUGUAGCUGCCUGUAGUAUCGUCUCCAAGACAAUCAACCUGCGCCACUGCAUCUUUAGUGGUAGUAGCCACUGUGGGAUGUCAUUCUGCAUUUCAACUGCCAAGUUGCUUCUGUGUUUGUGAAAACGUUUAAAGUCGUAGGUUUAGAGACAAAAGAUGAGAAAUGCAUGCUGGGUAUUAGGGGCAGUCAACCUGUGUGGAGAGUAGAUACUUUCCGAGAUUCGUGGACCAACACCUUAAGACGACUUUAGUAGAUUUCAGUAGUCGUGCGUCUCGCGGAUUCCGUUAGCCUUAGAGCGACCCCGCCGAGUUCUUUUAUUGUCUUACGUGACCACUUCUCCGAGGCACGGAAGGGUUGCAUCGAGUGAGAUUCCGCGAUGUCCGAUGACUGCCAAAACAAGGAGUGAUGACUGUUAGCAUUUGUCCUUCUGCUGCCAACACUUGAUAGGACAUCGUAUCCCGCGGGUUCGCGUCGCGGACCAGUUCCCGUGUUUGGCGAGCGAACGCGAGUCGCUGCAGAAGGACGGGCUCGUUCCGUCACACCCGGCGUAGCGACGUUGCUGUGCGGUUGCUAUGGAAAUGUUUACAACUGCACCACCGCCAAUCUUUGAGGUGAAUGUUUACAUGCAGCCACGCACCUUUAAGAAGAGGACGUCCCCACCUGGGAAUCGUUUUUCGUUCGUUUUGCCAUCUGCCGUUUCUGCUCACUUUUUCAGUAUCGAGGUUGCAUUGAACUACAACUGUACGUGAAGCUUAUAUACUAUUAACAUAGCUAAGUAUGUAUAAAAUAAGAAAGAACAGAUAGUUUUUUCCAUCUUUUUCCCUCUUGCUGUUGUCCCAGUUUUACAGUAGUUUUCAACUUACAGGUAAAUGUUUUUCUCAGAGUUUUCUAUAUGGAAUUCAACGACUUGUUGUUGCCAUAUAUAGCUUUUUUGUCAGACAUAUUUUACAGCAAAAGUAAUACCUAUAACUCAUGAACUGUCCUGCUAAUGAGUUUCUUCGUGUAAACAGCAUCUCUGCUAGAGAUGCGGAAGAAAAAAGGAGUCAGUGGUUUAUUGCUCACGGUCACCUGUUGGGUGACUGACUGUCCACUGUGCGUCGCGGAGCGCGGCGGCGGCUGAGGACGCUCACGGGUCCGAGUCCAUCGACACCCGGGCCAAUUGACCGCGAGGCCUUUCUCGCGUUCGCACAGCGGGCGGUGGGCUCCGCGUAGACCUGUACCGAGAAACGGGACGUCCUUUACGAGACCUCAGGGCCUGGUUCUUGUGCGAGCGCUCAGCUUCGUCCUGCGCCGCCGCUCGCCAGAAACCGCGGACCGUCCCGUUGGACGGACGCAUGACGUUACGGUUAUUGCUUUUGGACGAAGAGUCGAUGCAUGCCGAAUGUAAGGAUGGACGUACGAGGACCGCGGUCUGCCCUUUAUGGCUGUCGUGUGAGAGCUCCGCUGUGUCGACGAGCUUCGGAGGCGUCGCCGUGGGAACGUCUCGCUUUGUCUGCAAGCAGAGUCGCCGCCGGAGCUGCGUCCCGCACUUUUGGAAAAGCGGCCUGCGUUGCAGCUCUCCGAGCCUCUCUUCUCACAGCGCCCUCCGCAAACUGCACCUUUAGCAAAAAUGAUUCGCAUCACAAACUUGUUGGAGUGAAAAUACACAAAAAAAUAUAUAUAUAUUUUUCAAUUUGAAGAUCAGUGCAUCGCAGAGCUUUCUGUCGGGAAUAACUGCCAGAUACUUAGAAGGAAAUACCGUUUGGGCAAAAACAUCUGUUGAAAUGUUAAUUGAUUUAUUUUUUGCUGUGUGGAACUUUUCACUAGGUAAAGCCAUAUUAUUUAGACUGCAAUAAUUUAUUAAAACGGUAAAAAGGGUAAUUCAGUGGGGAUUUUUUUUUCUGUAAAAAAGAAAACCUCUAUUGAUAAUAUCUACUUGUCCAUCUAACUUUCUUUUAUUAAAUAUUGUAACAAUGUAUGUGUACAUAUACAUAAAAACACAACAAAUAAAUAAUGUGUAAAAAAAAGUUUGUAAACAAACUGCCGCCGUGACGUUCUCUCUAUGUACCGUGGGUAUAAAUGUGUGUCUAAAUGUUGACCUGUGAUGUGCAACGAGCUCAGAUCUUUGCUUCACGUCGUCUUUGUUUACGUGUAACUUGUUUCGCCCGACUGACCUGCUCGACCCCCUGACCCCUGACCUCUGCUCUCCAAAAGGGUCACGGAGGGGCAGACUUACAUAUGACACAUCACGACCUUUACAGCUCCAGCUCCAGUGUCACAGCUGUAGGAACACAGCGAUGUAGGUUGUAUGUAGAGGUUAUAACAAGAGCUCAUGGCAACGGGAGCCUGUGUGUAUCGCAAAUAACGUUACACUGAGUUAAAGAAGUGCAAAAUGGGACAUUAUUGUUAUUAUUAUUUUGUUUGACUUUUUUAAAUGAUUUAGAUAUGAAGACUCAUGAAGGACUUUCUCUGUUCUAUGUAAACAAACACGGUAGUUUGGCCGAGACAUUAAACGAAGGCUUUAGGAAACCUGGGUGGUGAAGAAGUGCCCCCCCCCCUUCCCAUGUGCUUAACCGUUGUUGUUGUUGCUGCUUUCCUCUUUAUAAUUAAUGUGAUUAAUUAAUGCGAAAUUGCUGAGAGUUAUUCAGGCGAAAUUAGCCAGCAGGUGUUGGCAAUCAGCAGCCGGUUAGGAAACUGAUUGUUCGCACCGCGGCGGCAUUGAGGUGAUUUAUGUUUUAAUUACCGAGUGAAAUGGCAAUCGAAAGCAGGCGGACUGGUUGGGGCCUCGUGCGACAAACGCGCUGUUUGGCGGAGCACGGAAACUUGGAUGGCGGUUUUCACCAGCGGCGUGCACGGCCGUUCUCGGCACCCGCCGUCCGUCACCGAUUCGUUCGUUGCCUCCACGACGGCGCAUCCACGCGUUUCCUCAUACCUCCGACAUACAACAUCCGGCCCAUUCCGCCACAGCCCGUCUCAUGUAGGGACCGACCGUUCCCGCAAUUCACCGUGUUCGCAGUGCUCUUGUGAGACUGACGUGGUGCCACAGACUCAUGACUUCAUCACCAGCGUUGAACCACAGUCUCACAAACGGGGGAAUAGGGCUCAUUGAGUGGUGCAAGAACACGCUCCGCUGUUUUCGGAGUUUUCCCGCUCAAUACCGACUCGAUGCUCACCUUCCAUACCAUCUUAAGGAGGUCGGUGGCAAAGAGCAGCACAGCUAACGAGGCACCGCUGCUGCGAGCUGUUGGCUUGAGGUGCAAUCGGUACGAGGGAAGAGGUCUUCACGUCCGGUAGACGGACGGCUGCGGCAACGGGUCCUUUUCGUGGACACGGGCAGCAUGAAGCCGAGUUCCUGCGUGGAUCUCGAAAUGCAGCUCGCAGGUCGCCGAAUCCCUUCCGCCCCAUGGCUCCUUUGCCAUUAACAGCAGCUUCCGGCAGGCCAUUCCGCUCCAUCCUGGGUGGUCGUGUGCAGAAACAGCCACAGGAAGUGUCCAUCCGUGUGGAGGGGAAAGUGCCAGGAGGGCACCAGAACCCUGGCUGAUUGUGACCCAUCAUUAUGGCUGCUUGCUGUGUUCCACUGGAUGGAGAGUAAAUGAUGAUAUAUUUAAUUUGUCACAUUUUUUAGCACAGCUGACAUCUCCAGAUGAUCAGCAUAGACACUGUGCUAGUGCCAAACAGUCCUCUCUUUCGUUUUUGAGAGAUGACUACGUACUUGUAACCCGAGGACAAACUUGGCCGUCCCUUCGCACACCUUUCAGAACGAGGCUGGUUUUGAAGCGGCAGGGAAGGUGGGCCGGGGUCCCGUUCUCGCUUCUAUGCAUCAGGGUUCGCUUUGACGCCAUCGUGGACUUCCGUGGCUGCGUUGAUUAAAGAACUCUCCAACCGCAACCCCAACCGCAGCGUUCCUCUAAUGUCUUCGGUGACGCCGAGUUCCCGCUACGCGUGAGCCGAGCGACGGACGCGGAGACGAGCACUUCCCCGACGACCUCGGUACCUGCCAUCUCCGUGAGGCAUCGCGCCAAGUGAAGCACAUUUGUGAAGGGCUAAUAGCAUCACGUUUCCAGGACACGCGGUCGUCAUUCCGCUCAUUGUCAUGUGAAAGCCAUCCAUGUUUCGGUGCACUUAGGCGGGCGAGGGUGAGGUGUGGGAUGCAUGUGGUGGCAGCGUAGGCUGCGAUCACCUCUUAUUUAGGGAUCAGACACGUUUCUGGUCAUGAGGACAAAGACGGUCGAAAGCCUUUCGUCCAACAGCCGUGGUCCAACACUGGGUCCCGUCCAGAUGGUGGUCGUUUGGAUGUUGCUCUGUCCACGUUGCUGUUGUUUUGCCCAAAUCCUCCUCGUAUGUAGCGUUUCGUUGGCAACUUUUGUAGCAGAAAGAGAAGGUCUCUGUGUUGUCUGGCAGGUGGCGGAAUAAGGGAGGAGAUACUGUCUGUCCUCCCGUAAAAAAUUUGUGUUCCUUUGCAGUUCUGAAAAAAGUUGUACAGGCCCUAUAAUGAAGAGGUGGCAUCUCUACACCUCUGUGAAAUAAAAGAAUGCCUCAUUUAUAACACAUUUGCUGUCAAACUGUGAAGAUUCCCAUUAGUUUGAGAUUCUUCUGAAAGGGAACAUUGACAAACAUCUGAGAUGUUGAUUCCUGGUCUCAGUCCUUCAGACAUGUUGUCCAGGAAGACUUUGGAAAGUCUGUAUUUCUUUCCAAACCAUUUGCGUGAACAUGUGCUCUUCCAGCUAUUUAAGGCAAAUGUCCGACUCCACUUAUCACCCAGUGCCGUCCUGCAUGUAAUUCAAUUCAUUUCAGCUCAAAUCAAUUCAAUUAAAUUCAGUUCAGUUCAAUUCAAUUC